UGGCAACAAUGGUGAUGGAGAAGAACACUGUUUGGUUGUGAUUGUCUGGGGGGUAGAAGAAGUGACAAAGGACUGAGUUCAUCUUUAGAUUAAAAUAAGGUGGAAGAAACAAGAAUUCUACUGCAUUAAAUCAUUGUUUGCAGCUGACAAUGCCAAAUCCAGCCUAUAGCCAUUAUCAUGCAAGCAAAGAAAUCUCAGCACACUGACACAGUGAAGGUACGUUAUGGCACACUGGUUUGUAUAAGGAAAAGGCGAAGCAGAGGAUGGGCUAUUGGGAAGAUGGAGGGCGGUGGUGGAAGAGGGAGGAGGGGAGGAAGCAGCAGGGAAGCCAGCCCAGACCGAGCCAGGCUGAGCUACUCACAGCAGCAGCAGCAGAGGCUCGUGACGCCACUGAGGAAGGUUCAGGUCAUCUACUAUCUCAGCAGAAAUGGCCAGUUGGAGCACCCUCACUUCAUUGAGCUCCCUCACCUCCCCAACCAACAGCUUCGUCUCAGAGAUGUAAUGGAGAGACUGACUGCUUACAGAGGCAGAGGCAUGCCUUCUCUCUUCUCCUGGUCCUGCAAGAGGAGCUACAAGAAUGGGUACGUGUGGAACGACUUGGCCGAGAACGACGUUAUCUACGCCACCGACGGCGUCGAGUACGUGCUCAAAGGCUCCGAGAUCAUCCCCGGCGCUUACGAACGUUUCCAGCACACUGCAGCAAGCAGCGAGCAGCCGAAACCACUACCCAUCUGCCACAGACUCCAUUUGGAAGUAGGAGAAGAUGAUGGAGAGGAGGUGGACGAAGAAGGGACAGCGGAGGACGAGGCGGAGGAGGAGGUGAGAGGCGGUACGCGCACGGCGGGGGACGAGACUAGAACGAGUCGUCCGCGUUACUCUCAUCGCUCACGCGGCGUUUCGACGGACGAGAUUGAGCGAGUCGAGGACCGGACCGCGACUCGGGCCCACCAGGCCGCGCGCACAGAGUUGCCGCUCGACGACGCCUCCCCGCCGUCCUCCACGUCCUCGGACAAGCCCCCCACCCACGGCCCUGGAGGCGGCAGCGCCGACGGCGACUCCCGGCGAUUCGAGAAGCCCGAAGAGACUCCCGAACCGGGCCUGGCUCGGAACUCGGUCCUGAUCCAACUCAUCACCUGCGGGUCGGCGGCGUUGAAGGUAAGAAGCAGCCCCGGCGGAGGGACGACGAAGGCUGCCGACUCCAAGCUCCACCACGGGGUGGUGAGUCGACUAGCUAGUCGUGCGGACGAGGACGCCGAGCCGCGGCGCAUCUUGGAGAACCCCCGGUUCUGCCACCCCCUGGUGGAGGACAAGGAGUACUUCAGUGGGAGCAUCGCGGAAGGAAGCAGGCCGCCACCCGAGCCUUGUCUCGAGAAAUCCUCCUCCUUCAGAGAAGAAAGGAGCUCAAAGCUUGGGAUCGGAGGGAGGUUGGAGGUUGAAGAAGGCAGGGAAGGGGCUGUGAAAGGGAAGUGCAUCCCUGGCAGAAGGAAAUCCUCUGGGACGAACGCAGGGUCAGCUGCUUGGACGUCACUUCUCGGAAUGGAUGCAUGCCUCUGUUCCCCUACAGUGUCUCCCUAAGCUAUGUCUUAGGCUCGAUGUCUGGCUUUGCUACUACUGUGACUUCUCAGAAUACUUACUUAGAUUGAGUGAAUGGUCUUCAUAGAUUUG